AUUUUAUGUCACUUUGUUAUAUGACAGAGAGGUAUUUCUGUGGGGUGGGGUGCAGAUCCCAAGUUUUCAGUACUUCUGGAAAAUUCCAUACACCCCGUUUACAUGGAGCUCCCAAAAUCGGAUUUCGUUAUCCUAUUCCAUAAUACGACUUCUGGCUGAUCAUGUAAAUGCUUCAAGACCGAAUUUGCAAAUCCGCUGCUAGUUGCCGGCUUUCCAAUUCGUCUUUCGCUCCAAUGUAAACGCAUCCUGUUUUGAAACACGCUUGCGCUGUCAUGUUUUUUGGUUUUAAAAAUUUUGGAUUAGUAUGGACGGAGUGGCUUUUUGUAUAGUGCAGGAUUGGUAGAAAUAUAAGACUAAAGCUGCUUACAUCUCAUUUAAUUGAAGAGAUUGGGCGAUUGCGCUGACUAAAUCAGAAACUUGAAUAGCUGUUUUCCGGGCUCCAUAUUUAACUCGGCUAGCUAAUGCGCUUCAGACCUUAACAUAUAAACACGACAGCGAUGAACGGUUUUCUAAAUUCGGAUUUCGUGUUUCAGAAGACGUAUCGCAUGUAAACGCAGUGUUAAAUAUUUCCUCACGUAAUAUCGAUAAUAGCGAGCAUGCGUUUAAUCGAUAUAGAAGUCGAUUACGUUAUUGCACUUUCGAUUAGAGCAGCAGUCUCAUCCGAAAACGACUACGUAUGCCACGGACGAAACACGAGGGUAGUGUGUAUAAACGAUUUUGAGAAAAUGGCUAAUUUGAGACAGACUCCUUUGACUUGCAGUGGACAUACUAGGCCAGUAGUGCAUUUAGCUUUUAGUGAUAUAACGGAAUGUGGAUACUUUUUAAUAUCGGCUUGCAAAGAUGGCAAGCCCAUGCUACGCCAGGGAGACACAGGUGACUGGAUUGGCACAUUUGAGGGUCAUAAGGGUGCUGUUUGGGGUGUUGCACUAAACCCACAGGCAUCAAAAGCUGCGACAGGUGCAGCUGAUUUCAAUGCCAAGGUGUGGGAUGCUGUUUCCGGUGAAGAAAUUCAUUCUUUUCAACAUAAUCAUAUUGUAAAGAGUGUUAAUUUUUCUUCAGAUAGUGAACUUUUUGUAACUGGUAGCAACGAAAAGCUUAUCAGAGUCUUUGAUCUCAACAAACCAGAAGCAAGCCCUUCCACCUUUGCUGGACACACUUCGGGAAUCAGGCAUGUGUUGUUCUUCAGGAAUGACUCUCAUCUUGUGAGCUGUGCUGACGAUCGCUCUCUGAGAGUUUGGGACCGAACAUCUGGACAGGAAGUACAGAAACUUGAAUUCUCAGCCAUUCCCAGUAGUCUGGAGGUGUCACGAGAUGGUACAACGAUUACUGUGACCCAUGGGAAUAUAGUAAGCUUUUGGGAUGCAAACAGCUUGGAGAAGAUAAGAGAAUUCACUGUCCCUACACAAGUAAAUUCUGCAUCGUUGCAUCCUGAUAAGACUAUAUUUGUUUGUGGUGGAGAAGACUUGAAAAUGUAUAAAUUUGAUUAUACUACAGGAACUGAAAUUGAAUCCUUCAAAGGUCACUUUGGACCAGUUCACUGUGUGAGGUUCUCCCCUGAUGGUGAGCUGUAUGCUUCUGGUUCAGAGGAUGGAACUUUACGUUUAUGGCAGACAACCGUUGGCAAGACGUAUGGCUUGUGGAAAUGCAUUGAGGGAACACUGGCAGAGCCAAUUGCCCCACAAAAGCAGGAAGUUUCAGCCAGCUAGAAUUGACUGCUAUGGAAGUCUCCUAUUUAUUUGACUUUAUAAAUAUGUAUAAAAAGAAUUAUCUUUUGACAGCUGAAUCUCUCUCGUGUUGUCAUGAUUUUCAGUGACUGAGGACACUUCGUAUGAUAGGGUUUCAAGGAAAAUGGAGGAGGAGAAGGAAACUUACUGCUUCAUUUCAUGUUUCUCUGGGAGAGACGUGAUUUUUUUGGAUGCAUUCAUGUAACAAUUACCAUGAACGAAGACAUCACUUGUGGUAGUUCUGAAUUGUUUAAACCGUUUUUUUAAGUGAGUCACAAAAUAUUUAAUCGCUCACCAAGUUGUACUUGUGCAAUUUUAACCCAAGUCUUUGGAACUCCCUGCAUUUAGAACUGUUACCCCAAGUCUUUAGAACUCCCUGCAUUUAGAACUGUUACUUUCCUUGUGUAGUCAGUUCAGCUCCUAUUAGAAAUAUUUAAGCAUUUUUGUUAUAAAUUGUUUUGCUUUGUAGUAAAUAUCGAUGUGUAGUUCUUUGGGAAUCACAGUGAGGAAAUGUAUUCAUCAGACCAUUAAAUCAUUAACUAGUAUUUACAAAUGGCAGUAUUUCCAAUUUUGAUAGAUCUUAGCUAUGGUGGUAUAUAUUUUGCAGCUUACUCAAUGUGCAGUAUUUUCAACUGUAGAGCCAUGUUAGUUAUUGAAAAACUUUGCUCCUGUGAAUGUAGUACCUUUUCUCAUGGAAAUUUCAGAUUAUAGACUCAUAAAUUGUCCAAUUGUAAAAAUAUACAUAAAUGUGCUUUCAUGGAGUAUAAAAUUUUAUUAUGAUUUAUUGACAACCUUUGCUUUGCUUUUUGUGUUAAAACUGUUAUAUUUUAUGGUUUAUGUUUUUAUUUCUGAUUCAGAUGUAAUUACCUUGGUAAGAUUUCUCACAGUAAUGUUUUAUGGUUAAACCAGAGCAGUUCUAAAUGAGUAUUGUGGGCUGAGUGUAGUAAUUUUUCAUUGUUGUGUAAAGCUAAUUUUUAAUUCAUGACAAAUAGGAUAAGGGUAUAGAAAUAAUUCUAGUAUAAUUGUGCAUUUCAAUAAAUGUAAGUAUUCAUUGUAGGUGAUGGUAUAUCUUUUUGUACGUGUAUGACUGUAAGUGGGACAGGUAUGCCAAGUUCCUGGGGCCAAUGCUAAUUUGGAAUUAGUUUCCACAGUGCAUUUACUAGGGCCAUGAAUUAGAAAUGUGGGAGGGGGCAUACCAAAUGAAUAUUUUUCUCGGGCUGUGUUCGUAAAAAGAACACAUGGGGUAUAUGAAGUGGUUUGAGCAUAGUGUAUUUUAUAACAUUAAUAAUUUUUAUACCAUUAAUAAACAGUAGCUUCCAUUUUGUACAGUGUAUUUAUUGUGUGGAAGAACUAAGCCAUUAUAAGAGUAUGUAUGCCCUGUAUAUUAUUGACUGUAUGAAAAUAAUUAUGUAAAAAGUUCAUUGUAAAAUGAAAUAAAUCUGUACAUGUUUUGUUCAUA